UAAACUUUUGUGUACACAAAAUAAAAUUUAAAUAUUAAAGUGACAAAAUUAAAACUUUGUUUUCUGUUGUUUUUAUAUUCGUAUUUUAACCUUGGGUGUAAACGUUUCUGAAGUAGUUUAGUCAUCCAAUAAUGAUUGACUGACCCAAAUAACUAAGUUGUUUUUAUUAUUACUAAUUAGUGAUUGAAAGAAUGAAGAUAAAGGAUAAAUGGAAUUGACUAAUAUUGUAGGCUUAAAAUUUUAAUGUGUUGUUAUAUCAUUGGAAAGUAUUAAACGGAAUGUGAUUUUUUAAUUAUAACAUGUUAAUAUGGAGGAGAUUUUGAAAACCUUGGAAAAAGUAUCAAAACGUGAUAGUGAACAUGGCAGACAAGUUAAUUUACUUUACAAGCGUAUUAGUGAAUUUGAAUUAACUAACAAAUAUCAACAUGGAUAUCUUACAGAAUAUAUACUACCAAAAAUUUAUGAUCUAUGUGAGAGAGAUAUUAUUAAAGAAGAUAUUUUAUAUUUAUCAAUAAUUGGAAAUCAAAAUUUUGUACUCCUAAACAAGUUUCUUAGGUAUAUUGACAAUACCAUAGGGAUUAAUAUCAAAAAUCCCACAAAAUUAUUUGACUAUUGUUUGUGUAAAAAGAAUCAUUGGUUUUCACAGAUAUUAUCAACUGACAGAAUUUAUAUACCAAAUAGAACAAUAUCUAAUAAAAUACUUAUACUGCAGCUUAUUAAUUUAACAAAUUUCAAUGAAUUUGAUGUUGACCAUAUCAAGAAUUUAUUGAAAAACCUGAAUAAAGAAGAUAUUGAAACAUAUUGGAAUAGAUACUUUAGAAAAAUUGAAUAUGCUGUUAAAAUAAUUGAAUAUAUUAAAACAAAUGAACCUUUAGUUGUUACACGAGAAGUUUUUAACUUUUUUCAAAAGCAUUCAGCUUUAGAAACAUUCUCAAAUUACUUAGAUUUAAAACAAUCCUGUCUUGAAGAAAUAUAUGAUUUCAUAAAGGAAGAAGAAGAAAUAUUCGAAACGUUUAAUGUGCAAUGUAUACAAUUUGAAGCUUUUUCUAUUUUGAAAAAAUUAUUAGAUUGCAUCACUAAAACACCAAAUUUGAAUAUAAGUGAGACAGUGAGAGAAAUAAAAGAAAAACUGUUGAAUAUUACAAAUUUUACUCUACAGUUAGAACUUUUGGAAGACGUAUUUGCAUCUCUGUUCAUAGAAACCUAUCAUCUACAUUCAGAAAUCAAUGAAAGUAUACUUAUUUGUGAAGAAAAAGAAGUUAGAUUGAUUAUAUAUCUGGUCAAAGAUGUUUUGGAAGAAAUUAAAACUAAAAAUAUACCUUCAAAGGACUCUCCUGAGCAUCAACGAUUAAGUCAAUUGCAUAAAGUUAUAUCAGAUGCAAUAUGGAGAAUGGAAUUAAUACGGAAUGUCAAAGAUAAUGAAAAAUGUGAUAAAUAUCUUAUGAAAUAUAUGCUCUCAACACCUGAAUCGUUAAUACAAAUGUGUGUAAAGAAAUAUGACUUUGAAGGGGCCUUCCAAGUCAUCAAGAUUUUUUCAAUAGAAGAUCCCCAAUUGAUAUGCGAGUUGCACUUUGCUGAAAGCUUGAUAAACCUCCGUGAUAAUCUGAAGAAAACAUUCAAGAUAAAAGCAAUUAAAAAAGUAGAUCCAAAAAUAUCUGUUACCAAUUUUGAUCUAGCCAUCGAUAAGAUUGUAGAGCAAUUUUUUGAAAGAAAUGAAGUGACUGCCAAUCGUCAAAUGAAACAGAGACUUGAUAUCCUUUUGGAAAAAUAUUAUUUUUUUAAACAUUACACUUCUGAAAAUGAAAAGUUUAUGAAUAUGCUAGAUUUAGCGAUAACUCUUCCAGACAACUUUGAAAAUUCUGAUAUCAUGCUCCAACUAGCUGCAGAAAAUUAUUCUUUAGAGGAUAAUGUAACAUCUAACUACGUAAAAUUUUACAAUAAACUGAAUACUAUGUUUAGGGAAAUUGCUAGAGGAAAGAAUUUAAGCAUUGGACAGCUACUCAUAUCACCACAUUAUCCACUAGAUUUGAACAAGCAUAUUAAACAAGAGGAAUUUUACAAAUCUCUCUCUCAGGCUAUUAAUGAUGUAAUAUCAGAUUUGAGCAUAUGUGAGCCUGGAGAAUUGAACAACAGGCAUCCAAGUCAUAUAAGUAUAUUGAAAUUGAACAAUUUACUAAGCGAAAAUAGUGAAUCUGGUACAGAUCCAAUUAAAUACAUAUCUAAAUUGUAUAAUUAUCUAAAAGCAUUCUCUCGAAUUCUCUAUAUCGAACAAAACACAUCAGAUAUCAUUUCAAAAGGUAAAAACACCUCCUAUUUCAACUUAAUUCCAUUUAAUAGAUCAUUACUGAUGGGCAAACUGUUGUUUGAACGACAUCUAGAACCAGGCGAGUUCGAAAAGUAUUUUGGAAAGUUGAAAUUGGACUAUUUAUACCACGUAGUUGGUAACUGUUUUCCAACAAUUAAUCUACACGCACAAGAAAACGUUGCCAAAGAAGAAUUGUACCCUGAAAAUAACCUGUACAUACCCAACAAAGGCGUUAUCGCAUAUAUACAAAGAAGAAAUUGGUUAUUGGCUUAUAUUUUGACUAAAAUGUAUACAGUGCAAGACGUUAAUGUUGAUAUCAGCGAAGAUAGAAUAAGAGUGUUUAUGAACUAUCUAUCACUGAAUAAAAUACGUCACUUGAAGCUCGUUUACAACAACAACGUGAUAGUAACAGCUUUGCAGAACGAAAUCAGUUCUCAAAAAAUAUCCGAUAUCAUAAAAAAACGCUGUGUAAAAUUUGAAAAAUUAGCCAGGGCUUUUGUAAGUCGCCCGUCAAACGAUAGCCAAGAAAACGGACAAGAACUCGAAGAGGACACUGUAUAUAUCGAUUGGAAACAAUUAUUCGACUUGGUGCAAUGUAUUCCCGAAGAGCAUGUCAAGAGGAAUCGUGUAUGGUUAGACAUAAUCGACACGAUUUUAUCCAAUUUGAUCACCGACGAUACCGUACCUGAAUAUUACAGAUACGUUCUAUUAAUAAACAACAGGGAGUUGAGGUUAACUAAUAUCAAAGAUAAUAUGCGGAAUUGGCCGGGAGAUUUUUGUUUGGACAUUAUCAAGUCGGAAUUGACCAGGUUCAAUGUUAUAGAGGAUGGACAAGUCGUGGAACUGAAGAUGUGGUCUUUACACAUAGAUCUUUGUGAAAAACUCAAAAGUAUCUUGGGAGUGAAAUCCUGGUACACCGCUUAUGAAUGGUGUGUGGAGAAUAAAAGACAGGUGAUUUCCUUACUUGUGGAAAACGAUAACAUUGAUCUGAUGUUGGAUUACAUUGAUUUACAUUCUCCGAGCCAAGAUUUAUUAGAAGCCAUUGACGAAUAUUACUUCUACCUAUUAUUUCAAUCUACUACACAUUUUGAAAAAAUCAAACUAUUAUUGGACAUUCUUCCUUUCCAACAAGGUAUCAACAUAUGUUACACUUUAAUAAAAUUGCUGAAAAAAUUGGACCAUUUGAAAUUCAUAGUGGAAUAUUUACUCAAUAACGUCAACGAUGAUGUUAUAAAAUACGUGGAAAUAAGCUUGAAGAUGUUGGGAGUUUUUCAACUCGAUGAACAAUUACAGCUGCUUGAUUUACUUGAAGAUCCACUCAGCAUCAUCGAACUAUUAUUAAUGAAUACGAAACUCGACAAACUAUCAGCUGUGUUGAACGUUCUAAAAGAAGAAGUAUUAGAAAGGGGAUUCAACGAUCGUAUAAUAUCUUUAGAAAAAAUAGAUGUUCUAUUAAGAAGAUAUGCCGAAAAGAGCUUGGAUUUUCGAAUCAUAGCCCAACCAAAUAUAAGGCUGCUAAAACCACCCGAAUGUAAUUUAAUGCAAUCUUUGGAUUCCCUUAAUUUAUCAUCCGAUGUCACUUAUUUUAUUAUGCCUCAAAAAGUACCUACAAAAGCUGAAUGGGUACCUAACAGUGAAGUUUUGGAGUGUAUGUGCUGUGUAAAAACUGUUUUUUCAAUGUUUAAUCGCAGGCAUCAUUGUAGAAGAUGUGGACGAGUCGUUUGUUAUUAUUGUUCACUGAAAAGGAUGCUGGUUCCUACAUACGGCGACCUUUUAGUACGAGUUUGUAACGGUUGUUACUUUCAAACAACGGGCGUAGAAGUAAAAUCCGGUACGAACGAUACAACUUCUACAAAAUCUUUUGUUAACGAUUAUUGGAUUCUAACCGAUAAUCCGGAACAUAACAAGAUCGCAAGAGAGGAAUUUUCUUAUGAACACGCACCGAGUGUCUCCUUAUGUUUGUCAAUUAUGAAAUACCAUUCCAAAAAUGUAGACUAUCCCAAAUUUCUUUUGGACCAUUGUAACAUGAUGUUGAAAUUAGUACUACCCAAUCAAGAACCCACUCAAGAAAUCGACUAUAUGCUCAUUAUUAAAAUGUUGAAAACUUUAGCGCUGGCAGCUAAAAUGUCUUCAAUAGAAUGUAGCUUACACAACGGUACAGCGUUGGCGGAUAGAAUUAUAUCUCAAGCAGACUUACUCGGUUUAUUAGCCGAAAGAGGUUGUUUUAAUUUACUCCCUGUACCAUGUAAAUAUUCCCAAGGAAAUUUCAUAGAUGCUUCAGUUUUAAGACGGGUACGUGACAAACUGCUGGAAAAUGAACAAUGGAAUUUAGCUUUGGAAGUAUCUACUAAAGCAGGACUUGAUAAUGCAGGCGUAUUUGCAGCAUGGGGUAAAAGUUGCUUAAAAGCAGGCAGUUUGGUAGUCGCUAGAGAGAAAUUCCAGCGAUGCCUGGAUAAGACAGCGCAUUACGAAUAUUCUCUACAAAACGACAAUAGUGAAACUCAAUUUGGAUUUCGUAAAUUUACCAAAACAUCGAAUAAUAUUAACUUUUCAGAGUCUAAAAAGUCAAAGGAUCCGCCGUUAUUAACAGAAAUAAUACAAAUUUUAGAAUCUAAUACCAGAGAUAUAGAUCAAAAAGAAUUUACAAUAAAUGAAAAUAUUACUAACCAUCAACAAGAUUUGGCUGUUUGUAUAUCGAAUAAAAUGAGAAAUUUAAAAAACAUUUCUUCGCAACUUUAUUACCAACCAGUACAAAUCGAAAAGAAAUCUCAUAGUUCUAGACCCCCGUUAUGCAGAUUAUUCUACGACGAAUGUGUUUAUUAUUUAACCAGAUAUGGAACUCGUCUUAGUCUCUUGGAAUUUUAUAUUAAACACGGCGACAUUUAUUUAGCUUUGACCAACAUCAUUGAUAAUCGUUUAGGAACCGAUACGUUCGUAGAAAUUUAUAUGCAUUGUCUUAAAGAAGGAGUUAUUGGAAUUUUACAAGAAAAAAUGUCUCUGAUUAACUCCAGUCUGGAUGUUUGGAAAGACUAUUUGAUGCACAUUUGUAGACAUUUGGAACAAUUUAACAUGUUGCAUUCACUUUACCAAUUGCAACAGUUUAUGGGAGAUUCUGUUAGAGCUGCUAUGACAUGUAUGCGAUUUUAUCAAGAAAACGCCUCAACAUUCAAAGAUUUAUUAAAGAACUCGCAAUUUCUUAACAUGGCCGAGCAACACUUGAGAUACGGUGCUGAACAAGAAGAGUGGAUUGAUGUGGCAACAGUUACAAAAUUGACUCCAGCUUCACAAACUAGUUUUGAAGAAAAGAGCAUUGCAAAUCCUUCAUUAGUGAUGAAAAUGAGUACAAAAGACAUAUGCAAACAUAUCAAAACCAUGGGUAGGCAAAUUGAAGUUACAGAAUUUUUGGCAAAAUGUGAAGAUCAAGAAGGGAAACCUAUGCAGGUUUAUAUGGAAAUGGAGAAACAAACAUCAGAAGCAAGUGCAUGUAAAGAUAAUGAAGAAAAACCAAAAAUUCCCCCUACUCUGUUUGGUUCAACGCAAGACAUAAUAAACUUGGCUGUGUUGGUUAUCGUUUGUGGACAGGAAAUUAAAGAAGGAUUCGCUCUCGCUUCAAAAUUAAUCCAAGAUUUCUCCUUGAAACCUGCGAAAAUAUAUUGUGAAGCCUGUAAACAAUUAGCGAAAGAACAAAAAUAUUCCAGUAUAGCUGAGUUGGUGAAUUGUAUCAAAGAGAGCAAUGAUAUCUCAAUCGUAGAUACUUGUGAUGAAAUGUUGCAUCUUGCAGUGGUAACUUCAGUAAAAGCCAAUGUUCCUGGUGCCAAAGUAGAGAAUUUGAUCAAGUUGAUAUUUCAUAAGGCGACUAAGAUUGCUGCAUAUAUAGAUGUUGGACAUUUAAAAACAGCGUACUUUUUAGCUGUUAAAUAUAAACGUAUGUCAGAUGUACGGAGGAUAUCAAGAGAAGCUGAACUACUCAAUCAACCAGCUAUAAAAGCUCUAUGCCAAAAAGUUCUACAAAAUUAUGCUCAGUCUCCCUCUCGUUCCCCCAAAGAAUCCUAAAAUUUUUAGUAUUUAUUUAUGUUUUUUUUUUUCUAUUUAUUCAACGAUUUAUAAUAAGACAUUCUAAUAAUUAUAUUCUUAGUACAUAAUGAAAACAUGUACCAUUUACAUACCAAAAUCAGAUUUAUUAUAUAUUUUAAUUAUUUCUGUUUAUUCGUAAGACUAAUAUUUGUUGCUAUAAUUUCAGAACUGGGAAUCAAUUUGCUUUAAAAACUACCGGGUGUCCAAUAACUAUGAGGACUAGAUGUGAUUUUAUGUGUAUCUAAUCCAAUUCAUUUUAGCAAAUCUUCCAUCUUAAGUGACCUAAAAACCGCACAUAAAAACUUGGUACAUUUUAUAAUCCUACAGUUAUAGUUUGUUUAUUAAUAACCCGCGUUUUGUUGCAAAAUAGAAGAUGUUUUGUACAAGAGUCUACAUUUCAUUGUUUUGCUUCCAAAAUAUGUAAACUCCCCCCAAAACAGGCAAUUCCCACAAAUUAGUACUACUUCUCCAAAGUACUUAAGCCUUUUGCUGAAGUGAGCAGGAUAUUUACAGAGUAGAUGCUCUGCUUUUUCCAUGGCUUGUUUGCAAAAUCUUCAGUUGUCAUCCUCUUCCAAGUCUGUCGUCUUUAGAUGAUGUUUGAUGAAGCAGUGAGAAGACCGCCAACUAGUUUAAUGUUGUUUCUGGUCUCACGAGAAGUGCCUCAGACUUCUUAGCUAAUAUGAUUAUGAAUGUUUUGGAUUGGGUUAGACCUGGAGUUCAGUUCGUUGUUGAUAUGACACCUCAUAAGGUUACUGUAAGGCUCUGGUCCUAAGUAUGGAGUUUUUGCCUCUUUUUUGACAAGGCUAUCAGCUUUCUCCUUUCCUGAUAUACCCCAGUGGCCUAGUAACUACAUACUUUGUUGCUAGCUAGUUCUUUUAGAGUUAGUUUGUACUACCCACAUUUGCUUGUACGUCCACUAUAUAUUAUUCAGUGAUCUUAAGGCAGUUUAGUUUUCUAGGGAAGUUUAUUACUAGCAAUUCUGCCUGAAAAGCAGUGAGUGCUUUUCUUGAUGGUAUGAAGAGCUCGCAUUCUGAUACAAAAAACCCUAAUCCAGCUCCUUACUCCCACUUUUAACUAUCUGUAUAACAAAAAGAUGUAUUUUGACCCAUCCUUACGAUCAUUGAAUGGGAUAUCUGUGUCUAUAAUAAUGUACAUUAGGUCCAUUGAUUUGUUACUGCUUUCUAGAUUUAUUAGUUUUAGAAUCCUUAGUGACGUAUCAGAUUUCCUGGCUUUAGUUUUACUGCCUGGAUUAGCCUUGGGAGCCGCUAAAUGCCUUUUAAAUUAGGGUAGAUGGACAUGUAAUCACAUCUAGUACCUGUACUUUUAAGUUUAACAGGAGAAUUGUCGAAAUACUAGUGUAAUAUUUUAGUUUCUUGUCGAUCUCAAAUGUGACUUUACUUUCAUAAUUUCCUGGAAACUUAUACACUACCUUCUAUUUCUUUCUCUACAUUUUUUUUGUCAUCUUGAUUAAUUCAUUGAGUUCCUCGUUUUUCACUAUUUCAUCUUAUAGGUUAUGUUCUUUUUCCCUUUCAAUUAUGUUUUAUUUUCCUUUAUGGUUUUCUCUAAUUUCACUUUCAAUAUCUAAUUUAACUAAACCUAGUGUUAAAGUUCUUAUGUAAUCCUAAUUUUGAAAUUACCGCAACAUAUUUCCUUCGUGAAAUUUAGAAAAUGUAGCUGUGACUUGGGCUGUGAUAAUCCGUCUAUAUAUACUGAAAUUAAAUUUUAACUAUGUAAUUUUAUCUAUUAAAACAAAUUAUUUCAACAACUAAAA